CACGCAGUUUCCUCCAGCUCUUCUUCUCCCUAUGCUUUGCUUCUCCGUCAUCCAUCCACUCACUGACGUAACUCUCAUUACUCUAUAUUUUCAGUAUUAUUAAUAUUACUAUUUCUUCUCACUCUUUUUUUCUUUAAAAGAAUUUUUCCUCACUCUCUCAUAUCUCUGCACUGCUUAGUUACUUGCUAGCAUAAUCAGCAGAUCAGCUGAGAGACAAUAGAGAGAGAGAGAGAGAUGUCAAGCAGGAGAGGCAAUAGCCGGUCGAUCACCGACGACGAGAUCAACGAGCUCAUCUCCAAGCUCCAAUCCCUUCUUCCGGAGUCCCGCCGCCGCAACACCACCAGGGCAUCUGCAUCGAAGCUGUUGAAGGAGACCUGCAGCUACAUAAGAAGCCUUCACCGUGAAGUCGAGGACCUCAGCGAGCGGCUGUCGGAGCUGAUGGCAAGCAUGGACAGCAAUAGCGCUCAGGCAGAGAUAAUUAGAAGCCUACUCAGGUCAUCAUAAGUCUUCUUCUACCUGGGGUCAAUAAUAUUAAUAUUAAUGGACCCCUAUAUAUUUCUAACCACUUGUAGUCUUUGCCUUAUAUAUAUAUAUAACAAAAUAUGAAAUAUAAAAGGUGUAAUUAGGAUGCUUAAUUAACUAAAUAAUCGUCUAAGGUGAGCAGAAGUAAUUUUAAGAUGUGAUGUGUUUUGUAUUUUUUCUGUUCAUAUGUAACUACGAAGGAAGAAUGCACAGUACUCUG